UUAUCUGUUGUGAAACCUGUCGUAUUAGACCACAAAAAUCACUCUCACAGACUAUCUGGUCGCCUAAUGGUUCUGUCCUGUUGAAAUACAUCAUAUCCUCACCUCCGCGCCCUAGAAUGUGAUCUUCGCCACAACUUUGUAUCAAAUAGUCUUGUCCAUGUCUCAGAUUCUGCCUUUAGAACGCUGAAUUUUUGCAGUGCGUUGCCAUGGCACCAAGGUGUAAAUUGCAUUUUGAAAACGUGACAUGAGCUUAGGCAAAACAGUUUUGUGGCUGGUGUAAUCGUUUGUAUGACAGGUCGAAUAUCCUUAACUUUACUUCGAAGCCUUGGUGAAACUUUACUAUUUACUAGUGAAGCACGUAAAGGCUAGACCAGCUAUCGCUGUCAUGAUGUAACAUUAUUUAGCUAACGUUAAGAGUUACAUGCAGUGAUGAUACGACCGAUGUUUACAUAGCACAACAUAGAGUAGGCUACCACAUUUCUGUCAUUUAAACGUGAUGGACCACAGCGAAUCAUCUUUCUCACAGCACCAUUGUAUUGAUAAGUAUCCCGAUAACUCUGGGCAGCCAAAUAGUUUCUAUACCACCCGUCUAUGCGAAAAGCUUACCCAGCCAAAGGGAGGCUUUGAUCUCACCGACCCCAAUGGCUACAAAUUAAGCACUGCCUACAACUGCAGACAUGAUCCGAGCCUGAAAACCUACUUGUACCGUAAAGAUAUUCAUAAGCGUCUGCUGAAGAAUGGAUUAAUUACUAAAGAUGACAAAGUCACAUGCAGUUUCAAAGAGUUCAACACAUACAAGAAGUACCUUGCAGAAGUACAGCUGGACCUGGACCAUAGGUUUAAGAUGGAGCAGGUUCUUCUGUGUAGAGAAUUUAGACACUAGUGUAUUAAGUUGACCUAGUUCAUAUAAAUGUAUUAAUGUAAUAAUAAUAUAAAAUAACUCCAUAGAUAAAACUAUGUACAUACUUUCAUACAUAUCAGCCUGAGGAUUUUC